GACACACCCGUGCGACACUCAGCGGCAGUGAGGCUGUCAUGGCGUCGCCCUUCAGUGGGGCACUACAGCUGACCGACCUGGACGACUUCAUCGGGCCAUCUCAGAAUUGCAUCAAGCCCGUGCAGGUGGCUAAGAAGCCAGGAAGUGGCAUAGCCAAGAUCCACAUUGAAGAUGAUGGCAGUUACGUCCAAGUGAACCAAGAUGGAAGAACCCAGAAACUGGAGAAGGCCAAGGUCUCCCUGAAUGACUGCCUGGCAUGCAGCGGCUGUGUCACCUCAGCAGAGACAGUACUCAUCACCCAGCAGAGUCACGAGGAACUACGGAAGGUUCUAGAUGCUAAUAAGGUGGCAGCACCCGGUCAGCAGCGGCUGGUGGUCGUCUCCGUAUCACCACAGUCCAGAGCAUCACUGGCUGCCAGGUUUCAGCUGGACUCCACAGACACUGCCAGGAAAUUAACUUCAUUCUUCAAAAAAAUAGGGGUCCACUUUGUCUUCGAUACUGCCUUUGCAAGGAACUUCAGCCUUUUGGAAAGCCAAAAAGAGUUUGUGCAGCGCUUCCGAGAACAAGCCAACUCCAGAGAGGCCUUGCCUGUGCUGGCUUCCGCCUGCCCAGGCUGGAUCUGCUAUGCUGAGAAGACACAUGGCAACUUCAUCCUCCCCUACAUCAGUACAGCCCGGUCCCCGCAGCAGGUUAUGGGCGCCCUGGUCAAAGACUUCUUCGCACAGCAACAGCUUCUGACUCCUGACAAGAUCUACCACGUAACAGUGAUGCCCUGCUAUGAUAAAAAGCUAGAAGCAUCCAGACCUGACUUCUUCAACCAGGAGUACCAGACCCGUGAUGUGGACUGUGUCCUUACAACAGGAGAAGUCUUCAGGCUGCUGGAGGAAGAAGGAGUCUCCCUCGCGGAGCUGGAGCCUGUGCCCCUGGAUGGCUUAACCAGUAGUGUGUCUGCUGAGGAGCCCAGCAGCCAUCGGGGUGGAGGCUCAGGAGGCUACCUGGAGCAUGUGUUCCGGCACGCAGCCCAAGAGCUCUUUGGAAUCCACGUGGCUGAAGUCACCUACCAACCCUUGAGGAACAAGGACUUCCAGGAAGUGACACUGGAGAGGGAAGGCCAGGUGCUGUUGCGCUUUGCUGUGGCCUAUGGCUUCCGCAAUAUCCAGAACCUCGUGCAGAAGCUGAAACGGGGCCGCUGUCCCUACCAUUACGUGGAAGUAAUGGCCUGCCCUUCAGGCUGCUUGAAUGGAGGGGGCCAGCUCAAGGCUCCGGAUACAGAGGGCAGGGAGCUCCUUCAGCAGCUGGAAAGACUGUACAGCAUGGUGAGGAAUGAGGCGCCCGAAGAUGCGCCUGGGGUCCAGGAGCUGUACCAGCACUGGCUGCAAGGAGAGGACUCAGAGCGGGCCAGCCGCCUGCUGCACACACAAUACCAUGCCGUGGAGAAGACCAGCUCAGGCCUGAGCAUCAGGUGGUAGGACGCCUUGAGUCUGUGAGAGCCCCGGGGCCAGCACCAAGACUCACAGGAAGUGUGUGUGGCAAAGCCCACAGGAUACACUGGAGACCCUCAAUGCAAGGAGAGCUCCAAGAUGUGUUGGACUCUGUGCUCCAGGAUGCACUGGCUACACGUGGGCCCUUGGAGAUGCCUGACCCGUGUCUCUGGCUGGUAAUGUUGCCUGCAGCCCACAUAAAGUGCAGACAGGAUCAGAAGUAGCCAAGUAGGUUCAAUCAGGUUCCAGACUCUUCCUGGGGCCGUGGACAUCUUGUCAGCCCUGCUGUCCUUGUCAGAGUGUGAGGGGUUUCAUUCCUGUAGGUAACCCCCGAAGCUGUAACGCAUAGGGCAGGCACCUGGUGGGCCACCCAGGCUUCUAAAAGCUGUUUGCAGGGCCUUGGGCUCUGGGCAGUCUGUCAGUACCACGCCUUUAUGCCUAUGAGAACUCCAUAGCUGGGUCUCACCACUAAUAAACAGGCCUGCACCUCUGGAA